GAAAACCUAAAAGGAAAGGGUAGUUAAGUAAUUAGGGUUAACUCUUCUAAGUAGGCCAAAGUGUUCUCCAUUUUCAGUCUCUAAAGCCUGAACCCUAGUUUCUGCUCUAUUCGCUCCCGUCGGUUUAGAGAGGCGGCAGCAGAUAUUUGCUUACAGGAGCAAGCUUUGUGAAUAUGGUGAGAGUCAGUGUUUUAAAUGAUGCUCUUAAAAGCAUGUACAAUGCAGAGAAGCGGGGAAAGCGGCAGGUCAUGAUCAGACCGUCCUCAAAAGUGAUCAUUAAGUUCCUCUUGGUUAUGCAGAAGCAUGGAUAUAUUGGAGAGUUUGAGUAUGUUGAUGAUCAUAGGUCUGGGAAAAUUGUGGUUGAACUGAAUGGGAGAUUGAACAAGUGUGGAGUUAUUAGUCCUCGUUUUGAUGUGGCUGUCAAAAAUAUUGAAAACUGGACUGCAAGGUUGCUUCCAUCAAGACAGUUUGGAUACAUUGUUCUGACAACAUCUGCGGGCAUCAUGGAUCAUGAAGAGGCCCGAAGAAAGAAUGUUGGUGGUAAAGUGCUGGGUUUCUUCUACUAAGCAGAGUUUUCCCUGAGGGUGGUCUUGAGUUUUUCUGCUUAUUUCCAAGGAAUUAUUUUUGUUGCAUUCUGGAAUAUUGCACUUAGGACAAUUACUAUGUUUACUUUGGUUGGAUUUCCUGUUUUGUUUUGGGCUUAAGUUGGAGAGAAUUUUUGUUGGUAUUUUGGUGCUGAUAGUAAAAAUUAUAUAUCCAAUUUGAGUACUAUUCUGAA